AAUACAGUGGGAAGUUACUUCUGCACAUGUGCCCCCGGAUUCAGAUCAAGUAAUGGCAAUGCAAUGUUUGUAACUAACGAUGGGUCUUCUUGCAAAGAAAUCCCAACAUCAGAAUGUGUGUUGCACCGUGAAUGUAUAGCUGAAAAUAUUAACAGAACCUUAGCUAAAUUUAGAAAAAUAAAAGAACCCUUUGCUGUGUUACAAGAAAUCAAUCAAAGCACUUUAGGACAAAUUUCAUCCAUAGACGUGAUUUCCUACAUAGAAGCAUUAUCAGUAACUUGUCCUUUGAUAAGAACCAUGAAUAACAAGAUUUCAGAUGAGGAAACACUGCCUAAUCUAACUCUUAACGCAUUUGUCAACACUGUGAACAAUUUUGUUCAGAAGGAUAAAAUUGCAGCAUGGGAAGUUAUCCCAACAGAUAACAGAAGAAGGAUUCUCACUAAACUGAUUCAUGCUGUGGAACAAACAACAGCUCUUGUGUCACAGAACUUCAGAAAGAUGGCAGAGGUGGAGGUUAAUGCUAGCGAUUUGGCUUUCAAAGUUUUUGCCUUUGAUAUGCAACGAAUGGACCACAUUCACCAACAUGUGCACAUGGGAGGUGAUACUAUAAAGAUCUCUGCAAAGAAAAAGGAAGCAUCGACUUCAAAUGGCGCUGUUGCAGUUGUGUUUCUUCACUACAGCAGUAUUGGCUCUCUAUUUUCAUCAUCACAGAACUUCUCAUCAAAGGAAAAUCCAGAGCCUGAAGAAACAGUAGCCUCAUCAGUCAUAGCUGUCACAAUUAGCUCCACUCCACCUAUGCUCUACCCAAUAGAGAAAGUAACAUUUACUUUAAAACAUUUCCAGGCUAUAGACAAAAAGGAUAUUAAAUGUGCAUUUUGGAAUUAUUCAGAAGAUACAAUGGAAGGAAACUGGUCUACAGAAGGAUGUGAGAGAGCACAUUUUAAUAGUACUCAUACCUCAUGCAGAUGUAAUCAUCUGACUCAUUUUGCUGUUUUGAUGUCCUCAAAUGACUCAAAUGUUGAUGUCAAGGAUUAUAUUCUUACAAGAAUCACUCAGCUAGGAAUAAUUAUCUCGUUGAUUUGCCUCUCCAUGUGCAUUUUCACAUUCUGGUUCUUCAGUGAAAUACAAAGUACGAGAACAACAAUUCAUAAAAAUCUCUGUUGCAGUCUUUUCCUGGCGGAACUUAUUUUUCUUGUUGGGAUUAACAUGAGCACUAAUCAGCUAUUCUGUUCAAUCACCGCAGGAUUACUCCAUUACUUCCUCUUAGCUGCCUUUGCAUGGAUGUGCAUUGAAGGCAUUCACCUUUACUUGAUAGUCGUUGGAGUAAUAUACAAUAAAGGAUUCCUUCACAAGAAUUUCUAUAUCUUCGGCUAUGUAAGCCCAGCAGUGGUUGUUGGAAUUUCUGCUGCACUAGGAUACAAGUAUUAUAGAAGAACUGAUGUAUGUUGGCUCAGCACAAAGAAUAAUUUUAUAUGGAGUUUUAUAGGACCAGCAUGUCUAAUAAUUCUUGUUAAUUUGAUGGCUUUUGGAGUGAUUAUCUAUAAAGUAUUUCGGCAAACAGCCAUGUUAAAACCAGAAGUGAGCUGUUAUGAAAAUAUAAGAUCUUGUGCACGAGGGGCACUUUCUCUCCUCUUUCUCCUUGGUGCUACCUGGAUCUUUGGAGUGCUCCAUGUUAUCCAGGGAUCAGUGGUCACUGCAUAUCUUUUCACAAUCUUUAAUGCCUUUCAAGGACUGUUCAUCUUCAUAUUUCUUUGUGUUUUGUCACGAAAAAUCCAGGAGGAAUACAUUCGGUUGUUCAGAAAUGUCCCUUGCUGUUUUGGAUGCUUGAGGUAAAUGGAUGGAAUGCUAACAUGAGCAGUGCCGUGGAAGAAAGGCAAAAAUGAGAGGCUUUGGAAGGAAAAUGUUAUAUUGUGAAAGUAUGAAAUGAGCCACUGAGCUGUCAUCUCUCUUAAAUCAAUUACUUUCUCUCCAGUAUAGGUAUUGUACUUAAAUGCACACUCAGGCACACUAUAUUGUGUACAAACAGCAUAUCUGUACAAGACAGACUGGUUUAUUGUGUAACAAAUAAGGCUUCUAAAGGAGCCCAGGACUCUUCAGGGCUAAUGGCUGCAGCUCAGGAGGCAGUAAUCCCAAUGUGCAAAGCAGUUUUUGUGAGUAGCUGCGCUCUUAAUGUCAUAC